ACAAACAGGCCGCCAGUUUCAACAUGCAAGGCUUUUAGGGCUGUUAGGCGUCAGCACACCUUUCCCUUCGUAUUAUUAUAAAAUAGCUUCGCAUUUCGAUAAGAGUGGGUUUAAAGGGAGCAGACCGCAUCGUGCACUUCUGUAGUGGAUUUCUAUGCGUCGGCCUGUUCCGCUAGUUCAUCUGAAAGGGGCCAGAUACAUAGGGGUGGAUCAGGGCCAUAAGAGAGGAACAGGAAGAGACAGAACAAGCGGACUGUGAAGCGGUGAAGUUGUCGAUGCAUCGUGUCAGCUUUUAGCUCUUUUUCAGAUUCGAUUGUGAGAACCACUCGGAGUUUAGUCGAGAUAUGUGGGAGUUAAUGCAUGUUCGUACACGGAGGUGAGAUGCAUGUGGGCUUUACUUGACAUUCCGCUCAGAGGACCUCAUUUUAUCUCGUCUAAGGUUGAGAAGGCUCUCGUACUUUCUUCCAUGGAGAGCUCAGCAGAAGCUAGGACGAACCGCUCAGAGGUCAAAGUUGAAACCUCGGCGGACAAGCAGUUGGAACCUCUUCUCAUUCUGGAAGAGGGGGACGAGCCUUCGGAUGUGAUAAACAACACAGAGAGAGGAAGGACCGUGCUGAGAGUUAGGACGGCCGAUGAAAACACAGAAGGUGACGGCGUUAGAGAAGCCACAGAGGGAAGUUCACAUGAUCACAACAACGUCCGAGUAGGAAAAGGUGAAAGCGAAGCAAUGCGGGCAGAAAUAGAUGAGGAAAGGAAUGUAACUCUGGAAAGUCGACAAGAAGAUAUUGAGAAAACGGAUAAGGGAUCAUCAGACGGGACAGAGAAGAUGCUCCAAGCCGAGACUCGAGACAAAGCGAGCGCUCAAGGAGAAGUAAAACUGCGGCCCAAAGACAGACUCAGCCCUGACGACGCAAAGCUAACGGUCCAGAGGAUAUCUCCAGAUUUCCCAGAAGCUUUCUGCGAGCUGUUGUUCGCGUUACAAGAGGGCCGGCGGCUCAACGACCAGCGCUGCUCGUUUCGUCUGGAGCGCCGCAGGAGAUGCUACUCGGAGCCCAGCACACCUCGCCACAGCCAGAGAGUGGUGUUCUCCUCCAUGACGUCCCUGCAGAAGGAGGAGUUCUUCGAUUUGCUGGCGACCUCUCAGGGACGUCGACUGGACGACCAGCGAGCGGAGCUCCAGAACGUUCCCUCGGCCCCCCCGCCUCCGCUGCCCAAAGCCAAGCAGAGGAAGAGCAGCUGGAAGAUCCCAGAGGCCCCCCGGACCGUUCCCACGCAGACCCCCAAAGAGGACUUCUACAACAUGAUCGUCAACACACAAGCCCAGGGCCGGCUGGAGGAGCAGCGCAGCGCAGCUCCAGGACCGAUGGACGAUGAAGAUUUCUUUUCUUUGCUGCUGAAGGUUCAGGGAGGAAGAAUGGAUGAACAGAGAACGGAGCUCAAGCCUGUUCAUUAAUAGAUGAGCUAUGAUGAGCUGAGAAUCAGAUGGGAGGUUCCUGCUUUACUGGGUCUGUUACGGUGUGUGAGUUUCUCCUGCACAAGCAACUAUAACGAUCAGACUACCGGUAGAAGAACACUUGCACUACUUCUCAACAUUGCUACGUUCACUGCGCUUGAACUCUUGGCUUCAUUAUGAACGGGAGAGCCACAGAAUAUCUCUCGCUAAAGGUCAUUUGAAGGAUCUCUGCCUUUUUCUCUUAUCUACAUGCUAAAAGAUGGAAAUAAAUGUCGAACUGUGAA